AUGGCGCAAGACGAAGAAAGGCUUACUGAAAACAAUCCUACUGUAAAUACAGUACCCAUCAGUAAUGAGUUACCGGCAAAACCCUUCAGAAUUACGAUAGAACUGCCUUUGUUUCUGGUCAUGGCGGGAAUUGCACUAUCUGGCGUGGCAGUGAGCAACAUAACAUUAAAUAGGUCCUGUGUGCACGCACUGGGAUACACUAAAGAGGAAUGUGCGGUGUUCUUAUCACUAGAAAAAAAUAACGAGACUGACUUAGAAAAAGAAGUGCAAAAAUAUGUUACAACAUUAUCGACCGUAAGGAGUGUAAUUGAAGGCGUUGUACCAGCUGUUCUCUCUCUUUUCUUGGGUGUGUGGUCUGAUACACAUGGAAGGAAACCUUUGCUGGUGUGGCCGCUUCUUGGUUUGGCAAUGUCUUCCAUUUUGAUGGUGAUCGUCUGUACCAUGGACAAUCUAGGUCCCUGGUGGAUAGUCGCAACCUGUGUACCUUUAUCGUUAUCCGGUGGUUUUACGGUAAUGUUUACUGGUGCUUUCUGUUUUUUAAAUGACAUUACUUCAACUGAGAGCAGAUCCCUUAGGAUGACUUUUCUUGAAGCAUCGCUGUCUAUGGGAAGUAUUGUAGGAUCUCUUUUAAGUGCUCCUAUCUUAAGUCUGGUAGGGAAUACUUGGCUGAUACUAAUUGCAGCAACAUGCAAUGUUUUAGCAUACGCCUUCUGCAAUGUCUUCGUAAAAGAGUCGUUGACAGGGGCCCUUCAGGGUGGAAUUACAACUAUCUUUGAUGGUUUAUUAGUAAAGGAGAUGGUUCACGAAUGUUUCAAACGACGACCGAACAAUGGUCGAGCCCAGAUAUUGCUUCUUACUCUGGCUAACAGUUUAUCGAUAUUCAUACUCUAUGGGACAUUGCCUUUGGAUUAUUUAUACACAAGAGAGAAGCUCAACUGGACAUUGUAUGAUUUCAAAAUGUUUGACGCUAUUAGUACAACGAUAUCCUUCGUCGGAGCAUUUGUAGGCAUUGGGCUACUGCAAAAAUUGAUUGGCUUUGGUGACUUAUUCACUUCAAAUAUAGCCUAUAUUUCAACUCUAGCAGAUUCUACUAUUCGAGCAUUUGCUAUUAGUUCGUGGCACAUGUACUUAGGAGCUGGCGUAUCUCUAUUCAGAGGCCUUUCAGGACCUCUCAUUAGGUCAUUCUUGUCAAAAAUAUUACCAGUGGUGGAUGUAGCUAAAGUAUUUACACUUAUGUCAGCAAUAGAAGGCUUAUGUCCAAUAGUAGCUCCCAUAUUGUAUAACUCGCUGUAUAGAUUCACAAUAUCUACAUUCCCGGGGGCCAUUUAUUUGCUGAGUAGUGGAGUCAUUGCAAUCUGCGUCGUGUGCUUAUCAUUUGUGCAAUACUUCAGAUGGAACACAACUUCACAAUAUCAACUUCUUGAGAGUUCGCUCCGAUCUUAG